AUGGCACUAUCUUUAUAUCGGGAUCGAAUAUUUUUUUAUCGGGAUCGAGAAUCAUCAAAUUCUUUAUAUGACAACACUUUGCAGGAAAACGAACCGGAGGUGACAGAAUCAGUUGUAGAUUUAAACGACGAAUGCGAAGGUGUGGCUUUUCAAAACGACAAACCCAAGUGUGAAGAGGAUCAGACAGAUCCCUGGAUCGAUUACAGAAGUUUCCUAUCACAAAAUCCUGCUGACACAGAGGAGUUGGUUGUAUCAUGUGACGAUAUUUCUGAUGAAGAAGAGGACAGCAUGGAUGAACUUUCAGACGAGGAAAGGUGUGAAUUUGAUGACGUAACAGAGGGAGAUGACUUAAAUGAUUCAGAGGACCAAGACCACCAACCAGUUUUUCCAGGAGCAUCAAUUUCAAUUGGAACAUUUAUGUUACUACUUGCAGUGUUCUGCACAAAGCACAACAUUACAGGAGAUGGAAUUCAGCAACUUUUGAGCAUUAUUUCACUUGUAUUACCAUCAGAGCACAUUUUAUGUACUAGUCUGCAUGCAUACAAGCAGUUUUUCAGAAAACUUAGAAAUCCUCUUGUUCAUCACCAUUAUUGUCAACAAUGCUUAGGAGCCAUUGAAAAUCAAGAAAUCUGUCCUAAUGAAUUUUGUCGUGCACCAGUUAAGAAAGAAAGUAACUACUUUUUAGAGAUACCAGUGAUUAAUCAGCUGUCUAAUCUAUUUUCACAAGAGGGAUUUUAUGAAUCAUUACAAGAACGCUUUACAAGAAAUGUCGGUGAUGGAGUCUAUGAGGACAUUUAUGAUGGAAAGUUAUACAAAUCUUACUUAGAAAAUGAUGGACCAUUGAAUUAUUCAGAAAACAUUUCCUUCACAUUUAAUACAGAUGGAGCUUCAGUUUUCAAAUCAAGUAAUGUAUCAAUAUGGCCAAUAUAUCUUGUCAUUAAUGAAUUACCCUACACUUUAAGAAUGAUGAAGGAAAAUAUGAUCUUAGCAGCUCUUUGGUUCGGAAAUCAAAAACCUUCCAUGGCAACUUUUUUAAAACCAUUCGUGGAUUCAAUGAAAAUCUUGGCAAAUGGUAUUAAAUGCUUUGCUCUUUGUAGAGGAGAAUUCUUAUGCAAAGCAUUUGUUUUAUGUGGGACAGCAGACCUUCCAGCAAGAAGUCUCUUGUGCAACUCCAAUCAAUUCAAUGGCGCAUACAGUUGCUGGAAGUGUCUGCAAGAAGGAAAAACGGCAAAAGUGGGAAAAGGACAUACUCGCGUUUUCCCAUUUGUCCCAGAAUCACCACAAGGACCACCAAGAACUAGCAAGUCAAUGAUAGAGGAUUCUAAGAGGGCAGUUCAAGAGAAGAAAACAAUCAAUGGCAUUAAAGGACCAUCAUGGCUAAUGAUUCUACCAAAAUUUAACAUCGUUCAUGGCAUCUGCAUAGAUUACAUGCACGGCGUAGCACUUGGCACUCAAAAACUAAUGCUAAGAUUGUGGUUCUCUCCUGAUUUUGCUCAGAAAAAAAUUAGCUGUGGUUCAACAGAAGAAGAUUUAUCCUAUGCAGAACAAUUAUUAUUAAACUUCUAUGAAAACUUUUCAGAACUCUAUGAAGAAUGCUACAUGACUCUAAAUUUACAUCAGUUACUUCAUCUGGCAGACAGUGUCCGUUACCUAGGACCAUUAUAUACUAGCAGUUGUUUUUCAUUUGAGAAUAAUAACGGAUUUCUUUUGAAAAUGAUAAGAGGAACACAAAGUAUAGACAAACAGAUAACAACAGGAAUUUCAUUUAUUCAGAAAUUACCUGAGCUAAGACAAAAAUGUAUCAAAAAAGGUUCUAAAGAAGAGGAAUUGUAUGAUCUGAUUAGUUCCCCUUACUACCUAAAACGUAGCAGUAAAAUAUAUUACGGUGUUUAUGUACUCGGAGGCAUAAAAAAUAGACUACUCUCUGACCAGGAAUUAAGAGCAGUGUCAUCAUACUAUGGAGAAGCUCCAACGCAGGACACAUUUCCAAGUUUUAAUAGGAUCGAAAUUAGAAAAAUGAUUGUAUAUGGCCUUGACUAUAAAAGAAUGACCAAAAGAGAUAACUCUACUAUUUCUUUCUUGGAUGAAGAUGGUAUUCAAUUUGGACGUGUACGCUGCUUUCUGCAAUUGUCUAAAAAUGAUGAGGAUAAAUGUGCUGCAAUGGUAGAAAUUUUACAGUGCAACAAUUUUAACACCAAAGUCUGUGUGCUCAGUGUUAAAAUCACAAACAAACUUAAAGUAAUCUCCAUCGAAAACAUUCAGUCUAGUUGUAUGUUUACCAGUCUGGACAAAUCAAAGAAAGUUGGAUAUGUGUGUUUCUUCCCAAACAAACUGGAAUCUGAUUAA